AUGACUUCGAAUCACAACGUCGACAACAUCGACGCUCUCCUCGACUUCAGCGAGUACGACAACGUCUCCUACCAGUCUCCCUCCCUCUCUCCCGCUGCCGCCGCCAAGAACACCUUCUCUCGCCCAUCAGUUAGCUCUGUCGCGACACCGACUCUGCCCUCAGCAUCGCAGCCUCUCACCGGCCCGAGCCACCAGUAUGAUCUGUACAAGCAGCAGACCGGCAUCGUUCCCGGUGCUCUCGCCAGCACCUUGGCUGUGAACGAGGCCAACUCCCAGAUCACUGGCUACAACGGUGGAUUCAGCUUGGACUACCUCGGUGGUGGCAUGAGCCCCGAGAACGAUCUCUUCGACUUCAACACCUCUCCCUCCCAGAACUCGACUGGCUUGGAUAUGGACAUGGAAUUCGACUCUCCUCCUGACUCUCAGUACUUCUUCCCCAACUCUACUGUCAACCCCACUGCCAUCGGCGGACAGGAGUCACCGGUUGUGCCCUCUCAGCAGAGCAACGUUGGCAGACUCUGGCCUGGCAUGCACUCCCAGGCUGCCCUCGCCAAGGCCCAGGCUCAGCAGAGGCAACAACAGCAGAUCAUCCAGCAGCAGCAGCAACGCCAGCAGAUGGGCAAGCAGCGCACCAAGAGCCAGCAGCCCACCGACCCCAUUGUCGAGCAGAAGAUCACCCAGCUCCUCAACUCUAUGCGUGCUAAGCCCGCUGAUGAGGACGGCUCCCCUAGCCCUCUCAUGAACCUGCCCCGCCCCAAGAAGGACGAGGAGGAUAUGGACGAGGACGAGAGACUGCUCGCCAGUGAGGAGGGCAAGAAGCUCAGCAGCAAGGAGCGCCGCCAGCUCCGCAACAAGGUUUCCGCCCGCGCCUUCCGUUCCCGCAGAAAGGAGUACAUCACUCAGCUCGAGGCCGAGAUUGCCAACAAGGUCACCGAGAACGGCGACCUCCGUGCCCACAACCGCGCCCUGGCCGACGAGAACAAGCGUCUCCAGGACCUCACUCGCAUGCUCCUGUCUUCUCCCUCCUUCUCCAACUUCCUCGACCACAUGAGCACCAACCCCCAGGCUGUUCAACAGCAGGCCCCCGUCGUCAAGAUGGAGAGACAACCCGAGCAGCGUCAGGUCCCCAAGGAUGUCAACCCCUACAACAACCAGCAGCAACAGCAGCAGAUUGGCAUGGCCAUGAUCCCCGAGCAGAACAUGGACUUCGGCAUGCUCAGCAUGGACAACGCCGACUUCAGCUACCAGCCCCAGGUCUUCACUGUCGAGACCCCUGAGAUCCCCGUCACCAUCGACGCUGAGGUCCUCUCCGGCAAGUCUUCCAACUUCGUCGGCGAGCAGUUCGAGUCGGACGACGAGAAGAUCGAGCUCCCCGCUAUCGAGGCUCCCAAGGUCCUCGCCCCCGAGGUCUCCUUCCAGGCGCCUGCCGAGGAGGAAGUCUUCGACGACGACUUUGAGAACGACCCCGAAUUUGCCCUCUACCACUCUGUUCCCGCCCCUGCCACUGAAGGACCCAUCGAACUGGACACCGACGCUUUCUCCCACGUUGAGAUCUUCGGUGGUGUCGAGUCCGAGAAGGUCCUCGCCCGCUACGAACUUGUUGACGCCUCGGAAGAAGAACAAAAUGCCUGUGUCGCCAUGGCCAAGGUUGAGCGCAUCUCCGCUAGCCUGGAACCCAUCAUGGCGAGAUUAGAGGCCAUGUUCCUCUAA